AAAUCAUUCAGCUUUGUUAUCUGAUGCUCCACUGUUCGUUCAUGUAACUUGAUUGGGAAAUAUUUUGCAUUGAUUGGCAUUUUGGCAAUAAAACUUUUAGAUGCUGAAUGGGCUUUUUGCGAAGAGAAAUUGAAGCAGGGAAUCUACAGAACUAUUUGUGAUUUUCGGAUACAAAGUAACAAAUGAAAGCUCAUAUUAUCGCGAGUUUAUGCUUCAACUUAAUGGGCCGUGCGACAUUUUACGUGUAUCUAAACUAUUAACUUGUCAUGAAUUUUAGUGCAAAUCAGGGCGCCACAUCUAAUCCUAACAAUUCAAACGUUAAAGAAGACAACUUGGACACGGAGGAUACUUCUACCACCGCUAACAGUUCUACUGAAAUAGAAGGAGCAAUAAUAGGAAAAAAACAUAAAUUUCCCAACACUUUUACAACUCCACAGAACUGCUUCGAGCUCUUAAAUUCAACGUCAAAUAAGUUGAUUUCUGCUGCUGGACCAAUUUCGCAGACGUAUUCAGUUGGAGUUAAAGCAUUGUCAUCAUUGGCUUCACCACAGGAGGAAUGUGAAAAAGACACGGUCUCGGAAAACAAAAUUGAAAAGGAAACACAUUCAGAACCUGAAAGUAUUGGCAUAAGAACCACAGAGUCUUGCUCGCUAAAAGCAUGUGGAUCUACUGAACCACUAAAUCCUGUUGAAGGAAAAACAUCUAUACAAAACAUUCAGGACACGUCAGCAGAUGGUAUAUGUUCUGGAAACGAAUCUCAAUCAAAAAGCAACGAAGAGGAUUCUCAAAGCAAAUUCAGUGAAAAUACUACUGAUUUUAUACGUGCAUAUAGUUUGGCAGAGCCAUCGUCCGAUAAGGCUAAAAACGUCUCACGCUUGUCUGAAAGAGCAAAGAAGAAGUCGUGGUAUAACGUAUUAUAUCCCAACUAUAAAACACGUUCACAAGAAUUUAAGAGGCUAUUUAAGGAGGUGCCAGCCGAGGAACGUUUAAUAGUUGAUUACUCUUGCGCGCUUUAUCGAGAUUUGCUUAUCCAAGGGCGUUUAUACAUCUCACAGAAUUAUGUAUGUUUUCAUGCCAAUAUCUUGGGCUGGGAAACGUGCUUGGUAAUAAAGUGGAAAGACGUCACGUCAAUAACUAAGGAGAAAACAGCACUAGUCAUACCAAAUGCAAUUUCAAUUCGUACUUUAACCGAAAACUACUUCUUCUCCUCAUUUACGACGCGAGAUAAAACGUUUCUAAUCCUCUUCCGAGUAUGGCAGAACACGUUGAUGAAUAAGCCUAUGCUAGCUCAAGAAGUGUGGGAACUAGUACAUAGUUAUUAUGGUGAUGAACUAGGCUUAACUACAGACGACGAGGAUUACGUAGACCCAAGAAUAGCAGAUGAAAACGACGGCUGUGCAAUUUUGGAAUUCGUUUCUGCCAUAGACGAAACGCCCUCUAUAAGUUUAGAAAGCCAAGGGUCUUCGAAUAUAUACAUAUUUCGAUCUUUUAGCAAUAAGAGCGGUUCCAGUAACUACAGUAGCAACAGUACUAGUAGCAGUGGCGGCGGCGGCGCUGGCAGUGCAGCUUUAUAUCAAACCAGUAGAGAAACCAAAAUGAAAUCAAAUGCCAAAGAACUUACCUUGAUCUCAGCAAAGCCCGAGGAGGGAACUGCAACCAAUGUUCCCGGACAGAAUAACGCAAAUAGUACUGGAAAUGAUGGUAAUGCGGAUCGCAAUAGUAGCAGCACUCCUGGCAAGGAAUCGAAGCACAAUUCCGUCACCAGUGAGAGCAAACGAAAGGUGUCGAAAAAUAGUAGAGCACGUGAAGAAACAACCAGUAAAAAUGUUGAGACCUUACCGACGGAUAUUUCUGACUCAAGCGAUUCGGAGGGAACAAAUAUACCGUUCGUUGCUACGACUGAAUGUACAUCGCCUCAUGAGGGACGACAAUUGGUUCACACAAUUCUACCUAUUAAUAUAGAAACUUUGUUCAAUUUACUUUUUUCCAAGUCAAAAUUCUUGUUGGAUUUCCAUGCAGUGCGAAAGUCCACUGAUCUUGUUUUCGGCGAUUGGGUGAGAAAUGACGAGGGACAGAGGACACGUACAGUUAAUGUCACCGUGACAUUGGCUGCUUCUGUUGGACCCAAAACCUCAAAGGUUACCGAGUAUCAAGUGAUGCGUGAUUGCAGCAAACAAGGCGAACUUUAUUCCAUAGAUGUAAAUAAUGUUAAUGCUGGCAUUCCAUAUGCAGAUAGCUUUAGUGUUUUAAUCCAUUAUUGUUUAGUUAAAACUGUUGACGAUCAUACGAUGCUGUCUGUUCAUGCCCAAAUUAAAUAUAAAAAAUCAAUUUGGGGUGUUGUAAAGGGAUUUAUAGAAAAGAACACAUGGGCUGGCCUGGAGGAUUUCUAUGGGGCAUUACUGCAGGCGCUGCAAAGCGAAACAUGUAUACCGCCAGCCAAGGGAAAGGGUAGACGGCCUCGAAGGGGAACUGCUGUUCAAAUAAGGCCGCUGGAAGAUAUACCACAAAUACAGAGCAAACCAGAACCCUUAGAACAUUUAAUUGGCGCGCAAGCUGUUACCUCACGCAGCACGGCAGAAAUUCCCGAUGUGAUUGCUGAUACCACAAAUAAACACAGGUGGCUGUCACUGUUUGUUCUUGUUCUAUUAUGUUUCCUCAUAAUUGUUAAUGUCAUAUUAUUGCUUAAAUUGUGGAGAUUAGAGGAUCGCUUAGAGGAAGAUGUGUUAAAUAGAGCGCGACUUCCUAAUUUGGCCGCGUUAAAGAAAUUGCCUAACAAUCAUGAGGAUUGGAUUGACCUCUUGCGACAACAGGAAAUGUUGCACGAGGCGGAACUGAGAAAAUGGCAUACAGUUUUACAAACCGCAAUCGAGUUACUAAAGAAGACUGAAAAAACCUUGGCUGAACUUAUGUUUCGCUAACCUUUCCAUGUAUUGUAUUUUUAAGUUUUUUAGUAUAUAAAAAUAUUAUAUACUUAUUUCCUAUGUAUAUACAGAACUAAAAAUUACCACUGGGACAGACCAGACGCAAUAUGUGAUUUUUUCAUCGACUUUAAGCCACAAAUUAAAGUUUAUUUUGGUACAUAAGGACAUUUAUAGUUUCAUUGUUUUGUUUUAUUUGUCAGUUUUUGUUGUUUUUUGACCAAUUUACACAUUGUUUUUAAUUUAUAUUUUAGUCUAUAUACGUACGUAAAUGAAGCUAUUAGAAUUACGAAAGUGAAAUAUAUGCCAAGUUGUUUGUUUUUAUUUGUAAUUUGUCUUUCAUUUGGAUUAGUUUAGUUUAAUUUUACUCAUGUAUGUAUGUAACUUGGCUAAUGGAAGACAUGGUGUGCUUAUUUUAAUAUGUCUUUACUUCGACUGCAGAAAAUAAAAUAUUUGGGAACUGGAAAA